AGAAAGCAAAUCAAAGGGGCGUGUGUGUUUGGGGGGAAAGGGGCACUUUAGAGUGUGAGGAGGGAGUUCCCAAAGUUUUCAAAGAGGGCGGCACACAUUGUACUUCUGAAACUGUUUUGCAGAGCCUCAUGACACAUACACACACAUUCACACACACACACCAGCAUGCACCAAAUGAUUCGGGUUGGGAUGCAGGCACACACACGUGUGUUGCUUUGUGAGCAGAUGCCUAAUGGUGCACAUGAAUGAGAGAAGAGAAGAGAAGAGAAGAGAAGUCUUUGAUAAAAAGGAGAAGGAGGAUGGGAUAAAAAAUUUAAAAAAAAGCAAAGGGCAAACCAACAAUUAGUAGUUGAGGAGAUGGACUGAGGCGAGCCAGAGAGACAAAGUGGACAAAACAGUGGAUGGACAUGGGCAGAGAGCAGCUCACCCUGGGACUGCUGCUGCGUUUGGGUAUUCUGCUGACUGUUGUGUUCGUGUGUCUUCAUGUUUACCUGGAAACAGCCAGGCAGGGAGCACCUGCAGCCCAGGCAUCGGGACGUCCCACCCAGUCUAGUCAGAACCGGGGCCGACAAAGCAGAACCAAACAGGUCUCUGCAGAGACGGAGGAGCAGGACAGGAGCGUUAAAAGGAGAGUCUCCUAUGUUCGGACACUGAAGAAGGACAGCCCAGUUAGGAAGAGGGAUGAAGACAGAGAGGUCCUCUCACCACAAUGCUGCCCUCCACCCAGGCCACGUAGAAAGAUUCCUCGGUGGCAUAUAGACUUGGAGCCCUGGGCCAGUGAGAAUCAUUCUCUGGAGGAUGAAGCUAAAAGGUUCCUCGACUACAUCACAACACCACAGGUGUCGUGUGCGUCGUUGGCCGGCGAGGAAGGCGCUCAGCACGGGACAAAGGGAGCCUGGGCUGCGUGUCUGGACCCCAAAUACAGCCUGAGCCACAGAAUCCAAAGCAAACACUGCAGGGUUUACUCUUUUGGGUUGGGUGUGGACGAUCGGUCCCUGGAGCGUUCUCUUACAAAAGCGGGGUGUGAAGUCCACUGCUUUGAUCCCAGUCUGAAGCAGCCUCACCUGCAGCAAGCUGAAAUGUGGCUUCAUCGGCUCUCUGUAGACUGGAGGGACCCCAACCCAGCCAUUGUCGCCCAGCGCCAGUACGCCAAUACCAAGAAACUGGCCACCAUCCUUAAUGACUUUGGACACAGACAGGUGGAUGUGCUGAAGGCGGAUAUGGAGAGCGCAGAGUGGAAGAUUUUGGAGAAUUUGGUCCUGGAGGGAGUUCUGGACUCGGUGGGUCAGCUGUUGUUGGAGAUUCACCUGCACUGGGCAGGCUUUGAGGUGGGUGGCGAUGACCCAUCCGUGGUGCGCUACUGGUUCAGCCUGCUCAAGGAGCUCGAACGUGCCAACUUCCGCCUCUUCCAUGUCCACAGCGACCCUGCCAAACCUCACCUCUUUCUGCAUAAGAAUGUACUCAACGCCAGCAGCGCUUACACCCUGAGCUGGGUGAACACACAGUGGAAGGCUUGACUGGUGCCAGACAGUCAGUUAUCUUGGCUGGAAAAUACAAGUUUGUGUAAUUCUUGCUCAGGCACGGCUGUUCCCCAGCAGCCCCUUUUUAUUUAAUCUGACCUGAUCUUUCUUACAAAACUAAAAUCCCUGCUUCUUCUUAUCCUCCUGCUCUUCCUCUCCUGGCCUGUAAUGACCUCAGCCAUGUAGAAGGGCAGAGUAAUUGCCUCCAGAGGCCCUCUGUGUUCUACCUCAUAGUGGCUGUGUUGCUGGCUGCAGGUCAGCCUCUGAUUCACAGUCAACCCCUGUCAUCAUGGUCCUAUCUGAGCUUGGCCCACAGCCAAAUAUUAGGUCAACCUUUUUCAGAUUACCACAGGUCUGCAUUGGCCCAGACACCACAGUCCUAUCAAAUAGAAUAUGAAUUAAAGGAAAUGGAUACACAGUGUUAAAGUGCCUCGUUGUGGAUAUUUGAGGCCACUAGAGCUGCUUACACAGGAUGACAAAGAGACUGAACAGGGGGAACGAGUAAUAAAGGUAAAGAGAUGGGAUCUGCUCCACAGAAGAAGACUGUAGAUGAGAUAAAGAGACGCUUCCCUGCAACUGAACUGAGAAAUCUAGAACACAAAACACAACGAUUAUGUGAAGAACGUCAACAGUGACGUCUCUCCUGUGUGUUUUGGGAUAUUUAAAUGAAGAUGUGUGGGCGAGCGCAUGAAGAAAAGACAAAAAGAAAAGAUGAAAGCCAUUAUUUGGAUAUUUGGAGUUUCCUGGAUUAUAAUAGAAAACAACAAAUGUGUUUCACACGAGGAAGCAAUUGUUGUAUAACUCACUGAUUUUUCUUUUUUUUUUUUCCUUUUGGUGUUCAAUUGGCUUUACUCCAUUAUCUGUGCUGCACCAGCGCUUCAUCAACUAAAUUUAAUCUGAAAAC